AUUUUUACGAUGAACAGCCAACUAAAUCUUAAUCCCCUCCAACAAAGAAUGUUUGAAGCAAAAUCCGCUCGAAGAUUGUCGUUUAAGGAUAUAGGCGAUGCCAUAGGAUGUGAUGAAGUAUACGUAGCAGCUAUAUUUUAUGGACAGGCUAAACCUACCGACGAACAAAUCGAAAAACUCUCAGUUGUGUUAAACAUACCGACGCAACAUAUACAAGAAAUACUUGGCGGUCAUUACUAUCCAACGCGAGGAGGUUUAAUGUCAAUUCCUCCAAGUGAUCCUACUCUGUACAGAUUAUUUGAAAUGAUACAAGUUUAUGGAUAUCCCAUCAAGGCUAUUAUUCAUGAAAAGUUUGGUGAUGGUAUCAUGUCGGCUAUUGAUUUCACGGCUCACGUGGAUAAGGUGGAAGAUCCUAACGGAGACCGUGUAAAGAUCACUCUUGAUGGCAAGUUUUUACCAUACAAGCGUUGGUAACCAAGAACAUGAAGUACAUUUGAAAUAAAGAUAUAUAUGUUACCCACUCUUGAGCUUAAUUUGUUGUCAACAAGUGAUUAAGUAGUUCUCUUAUAAAGUAUAGCAAUGAGAAUACAAAAUGUGUUAUCCUGACAAGUGCUUUUAGUACGUAACAAGUCCCUAUCAAACAAAGACACGAUCAUCCUGUGAGCGAGAAAGACGUGUAAAGAAAGUCUUAAUUCCGCCAAUAAAUUUACUUCCCCUAUCCU